AGUGAUAUCACCUAUAGGGCGGUGACUGCAGCGGGGGAAAUCUCUGCGGGGCUGCACCGGCGCGAUGGCUGCUGUGGACUGUAUUGUUAAACUGGGCGGCAGUGCACUGACGCAGAAAGACCAGCUGGAGACGCUGAAAGCCGGGGCCUUGCAGAAAGCGGCUGCGCUUGUCUCGAAGCUCUACGGAGCUGGGGAGAGGCGGUGCAUUGUUGUGCACGGCGCAGGUUCCUUUGGACAUUUCCAAGCAAAGCAACAUGGUGUUGCCUAUGGGUCAUCAAGAACAUCAGCUGUGAGCCCCAGGUUGAGACAAGGGCUAUGUUUGACCAGACUGUCUGUCACCAAGCUGAACCAUCUGCUAACGGAUCAGUUGGUAAGGAGUGGAGUUCCAGCAGUGGCCAUUUCGCCUUUUGGAACCUGGAAGACAGCAUUUAAAAAUGUCAGUCAGACUGGUAUUGAUACAGUGAAAGAUGUUUUGGACUCCGGUUAUGUCCCAAUAUUGCAUGGUGACUGUGCACUGGACUUAGAACAGCACUGCUGCAUUUUAUCUGGAGAUACCAUCAUAGAGAUUCUUGCUCAGAAAUUCUCUCCUAGACGAGUGGUGUUUCUCACAGACGUGAGUGGAGUAUACAGCUGUCCACCUGACAAACCAGGUGCUAGACUUGUAAAUUCCAUCACUAUUGGCCCAGAUGGGAAUAUGGAGCCACCAGUGCUCACAUCUGUGCUUCCACAUGAUACCACUGGAGGUGUGUCCUUGAAAUUACACUCUGCUGUAAAUAUAGUGUCCCAGACUUAUGGGCAUGUUCCAGUUCUGAUUUGCAAGCUGGACAGUGAAGCAGCUGAAAAGGCAUGCUUGACUGGGGAACUGGAGGAAGGUGAAGGCACAAGGCUGUUCUUCAAGGACGUAUGAAAACAUCUUGGCAAGAACCUUAAAUUAGGCAGAAGAAGAGUUUCACCAAGGCCACAUCUUUUGGCAUGACCCAGUAUUGUCAGGUAGUUAGAAUGCUGUACUAGAGAAAUCCAAGAUCAAAUCUCUGUUCAGCCUUGAACCUCACCUAAUCUACCUCACUUUGUAGAGAGAAAUUUACAGGCCACAGUCUUGAGUUCCAUGGAAGAAGAGAAAGAUUAAAAUAUGAUUGACCUCAGUGCUUAUUUUGUGAUUUCCGCAUUAUUGCUAUAGUUCCUGACACUUUAAACUAAAUUUAGACUUCAUAGUUACUCCAUUGUUAAUACCUUUGAAUUGAACUGAAUGACCAGUUAGUAUAAUUUAUUAUGUUAGUAUAAAGUCUUAUGGAUUCUAUGGAUCCUACUAUGGAAUUUUGCAUCAUUUAAUGUGUCAUGUUAACAUUUAUCCUUUGCUUCAGUUUUGUUUUUAGACUUCUUGUUGGUUCUACCACCCUAAUCCUGUUUCAUUGUUUACUGAAUGUUCUAUCCAUCAAUUGUAUCGACUCAAUCUAUUUAUUCUGCCUUGAGUCCAAGCAAGAAAGGUGGACAAUAAAUAAAUAAAAUCAUAUUUUCUUAAGAUGUUUACCAGAAA